AUGCAUGGAAGCGUUUCAGGAGAUCUUCUAGUAAAUGCUGAGGUUGAUUCCAUGGGAGGAGUUGUCGAUAGUGGAGGUGGUAUUGGUAUCAAAACAUCUCCACGCCGAACAGCAAUUGAGAAGGCUCAAGCGGAGCUAAGGCAAGAGUAUGAUGUUCGUGAGGAAAGGAGGAGAGAAUUGGAGUUUUUGGAGAAAGGUGGUAAUCCCUUGGAUUUCAAGUUUGGUGUUGCAACUUCACGUAGCAUCCAAUCUACAUCACUCACAGAUCAGCAAGCAGAGCAUUUUGUAAACAGUGAAGUCAAGGAUAGUUUUGCCCUGACUGCCUCGCCCCAUGGAGACUCUGUGGAGAGUAGUGGUAGACCCAGAGUUCCUACAAUUUCUGAACCCAAUACCGCAGAUAACCUUUUACUGUUUGAUUCUGAAAGCAAGUCAGUUGAAGGAGAAAGAAAUUUGAGAUAUCCUAAUAGGCAAAACAGAACGUCUGAGUCAGAACGGUCUUCCAAAGCGAAUACCAACCAGAGUACCAAAGAAACAGAAGAUUCUGCCAUCUUUCGCCCGUAUGCCCGUAGGAACAGAUCAAAGAUAAAUCGGGAUCCAGCAAGGUCAAGUUCUACGGAUCUAGUUCAGAAUCGUGGUGGUCUUGCAACCUCUAUUUCUAUUUGCAGAGGAUCAGUGGACGGAAAGGGUUGCAUUCCCGAAGCAGCCAAUCAAAAGGAUAGGCAUACAACUUCCGUAUCUUGUCCAAUAUUUGCAAAUUCAAAUGGUAAUAUUGUUCCGAAAAAUGUAGCUCCUAGCAGUCCGCUGAACACCACGGUGGAUGGUGGACCUGUUGUACAAGAGAGUACUGUUGGAUCCAAGACUAGUCUAUUGAAAGAUGAAGCAGACAUUACAUAUAGAAAAAGCUCUGCAUAUUUGCCUUUUGAAGAUACUGUCCAUGCUGAGAAGGCACAACUAGUUUCGACUACUACAGAGGUUGAGUCUCCCAAACCGGUAACAAUAGCUGGCCAGGAUAACAAUUCUACCCAAUUGAAUGGCCUAAAAGAUUCUAUGGGAGAGAAAGAAAGCUUAACAAAUAGAGGAGCUGCAGGGGAAAAAGAGUUAGACUCAGAGUCUUCUCAUGCUAACAACUUAGAAGUAGAUGUAGAUAAUGAAAGAGAUCUUCAUCGAGCGGACAGACUUGACUCAGAAGAAAUCUCUAUGCAGAAGGCUUCAAGAGUAGAGGGAUUGCUGAAUCAAACAGUUGGUGAGAUGACGAAAACUAAGAUUGAGGAUGAGACAGAUCGAUCUACUGCAAUUAUUAGUGAGCGCAGUCCUGUGCGUGAAAUGCAGAUGAAUUCGGUUAAAACUGAAAAUCAAAGUUACAGAUGUACAGCUGAGCUGCAACAUGAAGAGAAAUGUUCUGACACUGAGAAAAACCUUCAAGAUGGGUUGGUUGUACCUGAAAUUGACAGGAAAGUUAGUAGUGUUUUAGCUGACAAUCCGAGCAGCUCUUUGCACCCUGGAAUUCCUCAGGCAUCUGUAGACACAAGUUCCUGCAUAGUUGGUGAUAAUGUAUUGCCAGGAACUCACGUUGAAGCAUUAAAACAUCAGCCUACCACAGAUGGUGGCUUAAUAGUAUCAGAUACUGUGAAGGAGGACUCUAUCCUUGAGGAGGCACGGAUUAUACAGGCAAAGAGAAAAAGAAUUGCCGAGUUAUCUUGUGGUACCGCACCAGUGGAGGUCCGCGAGAAAUCUCAAUGGGAUUUUGUCCUCGAAGAAAUGGCAUGGCUAGCAAAUGAUUUUGCGCAGGAGCGCCUUUGGAAGAUGACUGCUGCCGCACAAAUUUGCCAUCGAGUUGCUUUGACUUCUCAGUUAAGAUUUGAGGAACAGAUUCAGGAAAGAAAGCUGAGAAAUAUAGCUUCAAUCCUAUCUAAUGCUAUCUUGCAAUUUUGGAGUUCUGUGGAGGUUCAUGGGGAGCUGGAGGAGACAAGCUUGGGAAUUGAUAAGGAGCCGUGCCAAGAAUCUAGUUGUGAGAAUGGCAGAAAAUGUUUAGCUGCGGGUGUCCAGGAGUAUGCAAGUAGAUUUUUGAAGUAUAACAACUGUUCUAUUCCCUAUCAUUCAGCUKCACUGUCAACAUCCUACCAUAUGUGUGACCCAGAAAUAUUGGAUAGAUCUUUGGUUGAUCAGCUUACAGAAAAAAGCCUCUUUUAUUCAGUUCCAUCUGGUGCAAUGAAGGUGUACCACACGUCCAUUGAGACUCAUCUCGCACGCUGUGAGAAAUCUGGAAAUAGCAUGCAGGAGGAGGUUGAUACAUCAGCCUAUGAUGCUGCUGGAGAUAUAGGAUAUGAUGUCACUGCCUUUGAUGAGGAUGAAGGAGAAACAAGUACCUAUUAUCUUCCUGGAGCUUUCGAAAGUAGCAAAUCAUUUAACCUAAGCCWCAAAAAACGGAAGAAUUUGAUGAAGUCUCAUUCUGCYCGGUCAUAUGAUCUUGGAGCUGAUWUAYCAUACGUCAACUACACAGGUGGGUCUAACUCAUYGAAUUUGAUGGCAAAAAGGCCUGCCAGUAAUAACARUGUUGGCUCAGUUCCGACGAGGCGCRUGCGCACUGCCUCCAGGCAGAGGAUUGUGAGUCCUUUUGGCUGUGCUACUGCUGGGAGUUUACCAGUGCCCUCAAAAACAGAUGCGUCUAGUGGGGAUACUAGCUCUUUUCAGGAUGAACAAAGUAGUUUGCAUGGUGGAUCGGCAGUUCAAAAAGGCACAGAGGUUGAUUYAAGUGGUAAUUUUGAGAAGCAGUUACUUUAUGACAUGACUGAAAUUUCAGCAAAACCUAAAAAGAAGAAGAAGACUCAUCUGGGAUCUGCAUAUGACCAAACCUGGCAUCUUGAUUCUUCAGUCCAUGCUGAACAGAAGGACCACUGGAAGAAGCGAGCAGAGAAUCAUUUCGAUAUGAAUGGUCUGUAUGGUCCUCAUAGUGCAAAGAAGCAAAAGACCUCCAAGCAAUUGGUAGAGAAUAAUUUUGAUAGUGCCAUUCCUCUCACUGGAUCAAUUCCUUCUCCAGCAGCUUCUCAGAUGAGCAAUAUGUCCAACCCUAACAAAUCUAUCAAAUUUAAUGGAAGUCGUGAUAGGGGCAGAAAAAUAAAAGGCCUGAAGAUUUCUCCUGGCCAGCAUGGUUCUGGAAAUCCGUGGUCACUAUUUGAGGAUCAGGCGCUUGUUGUCCUGGUGCAUGAUAUGGGCCCUAACUGGGAGCUGAUUAGUGAUGCAAUGAACAGCACCCUUAAAAUAAAGUGUAUAUAUCGUAAUCCAAGUGAGUGCAAGGAGCGUCAUAAGAUUCUGAUGGAUAGGAAUGCUGGUGAUGGGGCUGAUAGUGCUGAGGACUCGGGGACUUCUCAGUCUUAUCCAUCCACUUUGCCUGGCAUCCCGAAGGGAAGUGCGAGACAGUUGUUUCAGCGAUUGCAAGGGCCAAUGGAGGAAGAUACCCUGAAGUCCCAUUUUGAGAAGCUUUGUUCUAUUGGGAAGAAGUUUCAUUACAGAAAGACACAGAAUGAUGGUCGGGAUCCUAAGCAGAUAGUAUCAGUUCACAAUUCACAAGUCAUGGCUCUUUCUCAAGUAUUCCCGAAUAAUCUGAAUGGAGGAGUCCUAACGCCCCUUGAUGUCUGUGAAGCUUCGACUCCAGGUGAGGAUGUAUUUUCACUUGAAAAUCCAGGUUCACAUCCGGGUCUUCCAGCGUUGAAUCCGGGGAUGCCAGUGCUUCCUAAUUCUGGAGCAAAUCCAUCCACUCCUGGAUCUUCUGGUGGGGUUCUCGGCAACAAUUUACCAACCACAUCUGGUGUACACGGUGCUUCUGUCAGGGAUGGUAGGUACAAUGUUCCUAGAGGGUCUUUGCCACUUGAUGAACAACACAGACUCCAACAAUUUAAUCAGAUGUCAUCUGGUAGAAACCUGCAGCAGCCUUCUUUAUCAAUUCCUGGAGCUGUCUCAGGAACUGGACAUCGCAUGGUUCCUGGUGGAAAUGCUAUGGGUGUUAGUGGAAUGAACAGGAGCACACCCAUGUCAAGACCUGGUUUUCAAGGGAUGGGCUCAUCAGCAAUGCCAAGUACUGGUAGCAUGCUUUCCUCUGGUAUGGUGGGAAUUCCAAACACUGGAAAUAUUCAUUCUGGAGGAGGAGCUUCUCAAGGAAACUCCAUGCUCAGGCCUCGUGAAGCUGUGCAGCAUAUGAUGCGGAUGCAGGCUGCCCAAGGGAACAGUCAGGGGAUCCCAGCUUUCAGUAGUUUGAGUUCUGGAUUUACUAACCCGACAACUCCUGUUCAGGCUUACCCAGGCCAUCCUUCUCAGCAGCAUCAGAUGUCACAGCAGUCACAUGUGCUUGGCAAUUCGCAUCAUCCUCAUCUCCAGAGCCCAAGUCAUGCCACUGGAUCACAGCAGGAAGCAUUUGCUCUCCGUCAAAGGCAAAUGCACCAGAGUCCUCAGACUCAACCACCCCUUUCGCCGCAGCCAUUAUCGGCCUCUCCUAAUAUUAAUGCUAUUGCUCAAAAGAACCCGCAGAAAUCUCAGUUGCCAGUUCAUGGUCUGGGUAGGAAUCCGCAGUCUGGUGGUUCUGGAGUGAACAAUCAAGCUGGAAAACAACGGCAGCGACAACUCCAGCAGCAGUUGCAGCAAUCUGGAAGACAGCAUCCACACCAGCGUCAGUCAACACAAGGCCAACAGCAGAAUAAGCAGUUGAAGGGGAUGGGUAGAGGAAACAUGAUCCAUCAGAACAUCACUGUUGAUCAGUCACACAUGAAUGGUCUCACCAUGGCCCCGGGAAAUCAGGCUACCGAAAAAGGAGAGGCAGUAGUUCCAGUUAAGCCUGAUCAGCAGUGCAACGCAGGGACUGUCACGAGCACACAUCUGCAGUCUAAACCUGUUCCUCCACGGUCUUCGAAUCAUUCACAGCAACUGCCAAAAGAAAUUCCUGGUGUUUCAUCUCCGUCCCAACAACAACAGAUGCAGUUACAUUCAGACAAUAGCAUCCAAGGUCAGAGCUCACCUGCAGCCCCAUGUAAUAUGUUAUCCACCUCUAGCCCGACUACUACACCAGCAGUUGCACCUUCCAACCAUCAGCAUUUGCUGGUACACCAUAAGCAGCGCAAUCAUGUGCAGUCGAUAGCUCAGCGAGCUCUUCAUCAUAAUCAGCUAGGGAACUCUGACUUAGCAAGGAAGUCCCAAGCUGAACGUAUGCCACGUGUUCCACUGUCUGUCACAAAUGCCACCCAAACAGCUUGUAUGAGUACGACCAAGGGUAUGCCUCAAGCAAGUAAUGAUUUGAAAAACAUAAAAGCAGUUGGUUCUACUGCUUUGCCUUCUCCAAACGCAUUGGAACCUCCAUCCCCUGCUGCCUCUGUGCAAAGUGCUGCUCCUAAAUUAGAUAACAGUUCUAAUACAGAUUUAGCUGGGAGUGAUCCAGUAACAACACCGAACCAAGGAAUAGCUCAGAAGCAAUUAUCUGGUGGCUUGCCUACUAGUCACGGGCUCAAGGUCAUGACACAGAGACAACAGUCGGUACCUUCAGUAGAAGAAAAAAGUCCAAAGUUGGCAGAGCAGCUGAGUGUAGAAAAUCAGAAACAUCUUGCUUCUGAUCAGCAGCCGCAAGUAGAAGAAGCACAAGAAUUAUCAUCCCCCAAGCCUCCUGAUACAAAAGUGGAAUGA